GCGCACACAGAUCCUUCUCAAGAACGUCUCAACCUUAAGGCUUCAGGAGAUGCAUCUUCGCCAGCAUGAUCUUGGGGUAGUUUCUGAUAUGGGAAAUGAUAGAGGGAGAGCACCAAAAUGCCUGCUCUAGGUAGAAGCAUGUUGAUUUCCUGUACUACUAGUACCUCUAACAUGCGGUAAUUACACCGAAGCCAUGCGCCUCUCGCUGAUUUCUUAUCUGUUCAACGAAAUGCGAACAGAACAGAAGUUCUACGAGUACGUCACAGGUUAUCAAGAAGGCCUCGACGAGUUGUUGGACUACACAGAGCGCACGUGGACCGAGUUUCAGAGACCUGGGCUUUUGGCCCCUUUAGAAGAUUGGAAGUACGAGAAUCGCGUUGCAGGAUAUGUUGCCGUAAAAUUAAGUCUCAACUUUCAAUGGUCACCAUUUAGAUUGGAGUCACCAUUUAGAUUGGAAGAGGCGACCCCUUCUUGAGAGAACCAACAGGGGAAAGAAACGAAGGGAAAGGGGAGAGCUUGGAAGGGGGUCUCUCUCGUUCAGAGUCAUGAUGACCAUUGAAUGCUGAGCUUUAAUAAAAGGCAUUCCAAAACUGCUCUCUGAAGAUACAGUCCGUUGUGCUGAUGGCAUUAUUGGUGCUGCUGGCAGCGGGGAGAACAAUGCCAGUAAUGGAACGGUCCGUGACGUGUCGCAGAUUCCUCCACCGGUUGCUGUGCCAGAGGGAGUCGAUCCAAUUGACUUUCAACUGCAAGCCAAUCUGGCCACCAUGACGCCGGAUGAACUGCUUGAGUAUUUUGGUCGUGGGUCAGCAGAAAUCAUAGCAGAAUAUCAAGACUUGGACACUUUGCGGAGUUUGCAAAAUUUAUGGCAUAGUCUGUCGUAGAAGCUGUUUCGGUGUUGAUUCAUUUUGAGAGCCCUGUGCGUGCGUGUUGCUAGAAUUCGAGUCUACUUCUUCCAUCUACAUGUCUGCAGAGUAUGACUGAAAAUGACUCUGAUCAUUAGAUAGUAGUGUCCUUACAUUUAGCCAGAGCAGAUAGACAGUUGGUGCAUUUCUUUGGAUGUUGUUUGACAAAUAUUCGACCAUAACGCAAACCUCUCUCUAAAACCCGAUCCGUUUAAACUUCGGAUGCUUCCAGACGGCCGUCAACUGGGUGGCUUCUCGGAAUUUGCUAAGUAUGGGCACAAAGCUCCGAACCAUGGGUGUGAUCCGAUGUUGAAGCUCUUCGAGCCCCAGCUCUAUGAACCAAGUCGCAUGACCUUCGUUGCACGAUUUCAGCGGUCUUUGUAUUCAGUUAAGGAGGAGUAAGAUUUCGAUAUUGAUUUAGAUACCUCUUCGAUACCAUUCUUGUUGUAAAUUGAUUCAUUCUACUUACCGUACUUACGUUCUAGAAUAAGUAGUUUUCGGCACUAUGAUGUUAUGAGAAGAGCUGCUCUAAUCCAGGCGGAAAGAUCAGAAUUCAAUCCGUGGCGGACAUGGGGCAGUUUCUGCCGGACCCAAUAACGCGAGACGACGUGUUUUAUCAAGAACAGCUUCGCAAAAACAACGAACCCUGGGAAUUGCUUUACACUUAUCCUUACUUAUGGCUCGUAAAUAUGAUUGUGGAGGAUAAGUAAAUUUGGAUUUUCUCUUCUCUUGGUCUUGCUUCGGAGUAAAUCUAACCCUACUGCUCUACUUGGUAUCAUUUUUUUAUCAAUGAAUUGGAUUACUUGACUCUUUUGUAUUUUUGUUUCCUAGAAGUUAGGUGUGCUCCACCGAUAUUAUCUGUUUUUCGUAUUCGUACACUGAAACAGAGCAAGCACCACCAUGAAUGGUAGAACGCUGCAUUGUUCUUCGUAUCCGUACACUGAAACAGAGCAAGCACCACCAUGAACGCUGCAUAGGUUACGUCCUCUAACUGCCCAACCGAAGGUUUACGAAUGCUUUCCGACAUUCAAUCAGCGAUUCGAUGACCGGGAAGAGUACGAUGCUUGGUACGCGCAAACAGAUCCGGACCUCCUGUGUCCACCAAACCUUCGCAAAGAACACGUCAUACUCAAGUCGGAAGAUUAAGGCCACCGCUUUUAUUCCUGUUUGAUAAAAAUAUUCUUUAUUGGGAUUAUGGGUUCUUACGUGAUGAUUGACAUGCGUGACAUAGAUGAAUGACAUGCGCGACAUGCACAGCAUGUAUCAAAUCCCUCUAGUACAAAAUUACGUCUCCAUCGCAGAUACUAGACUGACAUGCGUGAUGAUACGCAACCCAACAACUGCUAAGCAGAGACCAGUCGAAGCGCAGAAGAGGUUGUAGAACGGAUUGAGGCAUCGCCUGGUUACGGCUUUGCAACGCGGAAGACCAUGUCAACUCGCCGUCAGUCGAUCGAUUUGACCAUGCUGAACGUGCGGGAGACCCGCGCAAGGUAUACAGGGACAAAUACGAAACUCUUGACCGGGACAGCGGAUGAACUUUAUGACAGUAUAGGACAGUGGCGAAGACGCUUUAUCCUUUAGAAGCUUAAAGUCGCACAAUACUUACUUCUAUGUGAAUACGCUUUAUCCUUUAGAGGCUUAAAGUCGCACAAUACUUACUUGAAGAAGACGCUUUAUCCUUUAGAAGCUUAAAGUCGCACGGUACUUACUAAUACUUUAUCCUUUAGAAGCUUAAAGUCGCACGGUACUUACUUCUACGUAUUCUCGACCCUGAGAAAAAACUUACAUCACUUCUGGACUAACCACUCCUGUCCUGCACUCAUAUUCCGUCAUACUGCAUAUUGCAACCACACGACUCUAAUCACUGGAUUUCGACAUCAUGCCGACAUUCAAUUUCGAUCAGAGUGGUGGUAUCCCUGCAGGGCUAGAGGUCACGCGCAUUGCGGAAGUUCCCGAUUUACUUGAUGCAGGACCAGCGCAGCGCGCUGGAGUGCAGCCAAUUCGAGAUCGAUUGGUCUUAUGGGCACGUUGGAUGAUUGUAGUUGAUAAAGGACUCAGAAUAGAGAUGUCUACGGGAAAGACCUUCUGAUGAUCCUACAAACUCUACUCUUCUCUGGACCAAUGCCAAUAAGCUUUUAAGUAUGCUCCUUUCCAUCACCCAUAGCAGAUAGAUAUUACCUCUUCUAACAGGAGCAAUGAUUUCCGCAUCUGGCAUGUACCAUGUCCUCGUGAAAUCGGUUCUGACGCCUGACGCCAUCGAAAAUCAUCAAUUCACGAUGCAAAAGCUUUUUAAUGGUGUCAUUUACCCGAUCACACUGAUCUUCUGGGGAGAGCGCAACGUCCUAGUAGAUGAAGUACCGGUUCCUUUAGUCGCAGAAACCUUUUUGGACCCGACGUCACAAAAAAUGGUGAAGAAAUGGGACGACCAUUUGGUGAACGACUACGUGGUUUUUGAGCUCUGGGUAAUGCCGGGCAAGGGGGACAGUUUCCUCAGAAUCGACGCAGAACGAUACAACGCGACUAGAUCAAGGUACAUGCUCACAUCAACAAACGACGCUACCUACUACAUGAACUCGAGUGCCAUGCGGUUGACCUACCCUCUGCCAACAGCAAUUAUUCCCGGAAAAGCAAUGGGCGGUCGUGCGUCCCCGAUCUCCAUCGUGCUGGCCGAAAUGGACGUAAAGCUGUACAACAUAGACCGCAAUCUCUACUUCGAGAACGACUUCUUGAGCUACAAUGACACAACCAUAGACACCUUGGGUCCGCCUUUGUACAACGACAUACGGAUCUGGAACCGCUUUGUCAUGCAGUUAAUCUUUGGCGAAGACAUCUUCAUCAAAAUCGGUAACAACGAAGUGACCACUGACGAAAUCACCGCUUUUGCUGUUCUUAUGGGUCCUUGCGUAUGCAGUUUCAUCGGUUCGGUAUGUUCAUGUGCUACACAAGCCACGGACGCGCCUUACCUACAUGAGUAAGUAGUACUUUUCGAAAUUAUAUGCCGUAUGGUAUCAGUAUUAGAAGGCACGCUCCAAGUACUAGAAGAUGAACGAUCCCUCGCGCCUCUAUUCCUGAAGCUUGUUCUUCUAAUCUUCGCGAAGUAAUGACGAAGAACGUCUGGCUGCGCAAUAAUCUCCUUUUGGACGAUUAUUUUCCUAUGUUAAGGCUUUCCGCAUCAGUAAGGAUGUUGACUUUUCGGAUUUCAUGCUCUUGAUCUCAACGGAUAAAAGUAAUUCCGCACUACCCUGAAAAAAAACUACUUACGCUUGCUAAAAAACCAUUGUUUUCUAUUUCUAGCAAAUGGAGGGUCAUGGCAAGCUCUAAGUAUCACAGACUGGCUUUCGGACGAGAACAAGUUUUGGAUAGUGCAGCAGCUGAAUUCAGGACCAUCGUCAUUAAGGCAAUUAAGUAUGCGAAUUAAUCACUGGUCAAAAUGAAAGGCAAAGAUACUUCUAGGAAUGUUCAUCUUUUAGUAAAAAGGCAACGGGUGCAUUUUACAAGGAGAUCUCUGAUCUCGUCAUCUAUCUUCAAAGAUGCUCACUCAUUAUCACUACGAAUGCGAGAUGUUAACACUGUGAGCACGAAUGUCUUCAAUUAUUUCGAUGUUCAGUCAUCCUCAUCUCUAAAACACUCAUCCUCAUCGAACGCGGGUCUUUUUGUUGGUGCGGAAUCUUCUGCGACUAGUACAGCCUUUUCCCCGUUCGGAGAUCUCGGUGUGCAAGUAGACAACACAACGACGCCACCGCCAUACAACAUGACCUGUCAACCCUCAAUCUGGAAACAUGUCUUGCAGGUAGUACAAAAUUUGAGUUAAGAAAUACACCUCUUUUCGUAGCUCCAAUCUGGAAACAUGUCUUGCAGGUAGUAAAUGUACAACAACCGGACAAUUAGCACUAGGACAUCUGAAAUUUAACCCUCAUCAUUGACUGACGUAUAGUCAUGAAGUAGACGUAGACCUAUCCUAACAAGGGUGCUUCUCAUUGCGGAUGCGGAAUCACGGCAGUCCUUUUGGCCUAUGAAAGACGAGGUGGUAGUAGUUUACGUAGAAAAGAUAGCAUCUCAAUGAAUUUGACAGGUCUGCGGCAAGGAGAAAGAUUGCAAGUCCUUGAUUAGUGGUUUGCGGGAUCUCGAAGGGAAAGUUCCGCCGCUAGAGGCUGCUUAUCGAACUUGUGACGCCUACUGUUUGGCCCAACAAGGCGGAUACGAAUGCGUCCGUGCGGCAGAAGAAGUCGGAGAUCCAGUGACGGGGUUACCUACCUGUGCUCCGCAGGCAGAGUACGACUGCGACUUCGAUUUUGGGAAGUACACGGAUGAUGUUAUGCGGAGACAAUGACGCAGAAGUUCUAGAUGGUAGUAGAUUUAUCAAUCGUUAUUAAUUUCCAAAGUUAACUAAAAACCGAAUUAUACUAAUUAAUUGAGCAUACUGCUACACGACUUCUACUAGGAUUCCUGGACUAGAAUGGAAUAUAGAAGUUGGGACUUAUUGUUGUAGUUGUUUGUCAUGAAGUAGACCCUUUUUUCUAAUCCCUCGAUUUGCGAGUGCCGUCCGACAACAACGACCACGACCACGCCGCCACCUCCUCCCCCACCUAUUCCAAAAGUUGACGUGUCGCACAUACUAAGGGUUUCCACAUUGCAUCCUGCAGUAAUAUCCCUGACUCUUUUAAUUCCUACUAAGAAAAGACGUCAGGGAUGUUCUCGAGAAAGCAAUGUCGGAACCUCUAAGCACGGACUUCAUUCUGCCAGAGAGAUAUGAGUUCUUCAAUGCUCAAAUCUCAAAGUUUCCGGGUACACAGGGGAGAAGGAAUUGGGGAAGUAUGCUCUUUCCGUAUGAGAAUCCGCCACCCAUGCCACUAGAAAAAGUCAUCCAAACACCUUCGGCGAAUCCUGACGACAAUCGAUGGUUCAUUUAAGGACACAGAGUUACAAGUAGUGCUGGAAGAAGAAUUGUUUGAAUAGAUCUCAAGUCUUUUGAGUUUGUCGAAGAGAAAUCGUGCAAGGUACGUGGAAAGCCAGCCGAAGAAAGGUGAAACUCAAAUUGAUUAACAAUGAUGUAAAUAGUCUAAAUCACCCGGAGUCGACGAAUGUUCAAUCAUUUCGUACAGACGGGAGCCAACCUCCAGGGUCCAAUAGGCUACUACGAACAGCGGUCGACGAUCACGGGGUGGGGCAUGAUUCCAGGAUUCAAUUAUGUGAUCACGGAUUAGUUUCUGAAACUUUUGCUUAAGCUCGUUCACCAAAGGGUGGUCACUAUCAGUGGUACGCGGUUGUACUAACAAGUAAUCACGUGGUGUCACCCGGUCCUUUCUCUGGAUGUUUUUGCAUGCUGCAAAUUAUCAUACGGAAAGACGCAAGUUCUUAAAAAUCUCUGUCUCACGACAAUCCUUCUUGUCUAAUCUCCUCUGACGAAGCUAUCACGGGCUCAGAUUCUGUAUCCUGUGCUGCCAAACUUGGUGAGUGCCGAUGUCCACGUUAAAUUCGAGUUGCAGUACGUCUUGGUAAAUUUGGCUCACAGCAUCAUCAUCCAGUCACCACGUGGCUUCUUGCUGCAGUGUAAACAUUAAGGCUUUUCUUCUUCUUGUACCUAUCUAUAUGAACAAAGAUUCCCUGGCUGUGUGCGGCGCAGGCCAAGGUGCACAAAUGAGGAGCUAAGACUUGUUCUGCCACGACCUAUUACAGAUAUAAUUCUCAUCAUGCUCUAUCAAGCAAAGAGGUACAUACAGAUUGGACUGAACGCAAUCAAUGAAAAAGCAGCCUUCUAAGAAGAACCGAGUGUGCCAAGUCCGCAAGCUGAUCCCUACCGCUGUCGAACCUGCAUCGAUAUUGUCCGGAGCCGUCUUUAUUUCACGGAGGUAUACUUCUCCUUUUCCUUCUCAUAUGAACAAUAUGAAAUACAAGAUGAUAACAAUAUGAAAUACAAUAUGAAAUACAAGAUGGUUUCCUUAGCAAAACAAGAUGAGAACAAUAUGAAAUACGUGUUGAAGGCAUUGUUCACGUCGAACUUGAUACAUAAAAUAUUUAUGUUUUCUACCCGACUCCGAUAGAGUCAGUCUGGGCAUAUGUAAAGAAACAAUUUAGCAUCACCACUACAACUACCAGGACGCCGAGAACAACGAAGUAGGCUUCAAUGUCGCACCAGGCGCGGGUGGCGCAGACGGGGCUACUGUGGACCCAACCCGGGCAAUCUUCGGUACCGCUAUCUACGAAAACAUCGACCCGAUUACGGGACUGUGCUACUUAUGAAAGGGCUUUGCGAGUUUGUUCUGGUACUAUAUUCUUUCAGUGAAUAAGAAUGGGUUUUGCGAGUUUGUUCUGGUAUAGUCUUUCAGUGAAUAUGAAUGGGUUUUGCGAGUUUGUUCUGGUAUAGUCUUUCAGUGAACCUGAGUCGCAAUAUUGUCCGGAAAGGAGACAGAGAGACCCUAUUUUAUUCCGAGCAGUUUAAGCUUAUAUUUGGAAAAAUAGAUCUGGAAAUAGAUGUUCAAGUACAACUAUGAUUGUAAAAUUGUUGGCUUGUCGUUAAGUGUACUGGAUAAAAGUGACUUCAUCUAAGAUACGACCCCUUCGAGAUGCUCCAGCCGCAGGACGCUUUCGAUUAAGGCUUAUACAGAAGAGAGAUGAACAAGAAAAGCUGCGUAUUGCUCCUUAUAACCUUAUAGUUCACCCAUCCAGCAUACUUUUAACAGUUCAUUUUGAUUCAUUUCAUUUCAGCUUCUCCGUUUGCUUCUCUAAGGUUUCGAGCAUUUCGCGAAGUUUAGUUACUACGUGAACAUGUCCCUCAAGGGCCUGGUCAUGUCCCAGCAGCAGAUCGGCGACUACCGCGUCCUCGAAAACGCGGUACCAUUUAGCUUUUUCCUCUCCCUGACGACUGCGGGAGACACGCGAACUGCAGUAGAGAUCCGUGAUGACCAACUAAGCACACUAAAUCCGGAGGAUCCUUCGAUUAUGAAUCGAUUAAGAAAUGAGCAAAAGCUGUUCUAGACAUAGACCUUGUAGAAGAAGUGUGUACAACUGAAAGAUUAUCCCGAGGAAGGGAGUCAGAUAAUAUUACAGCUAGUGUUACAACCAAGUAACUUGUUGUAAGCUUCAGUGUUACGUCCUCAUUACUUCCUCCAGCAUCCUUCUAAUCUUUCCUACAACGGAGACUGGGCCAUUCGCAUUCACGACAACGUGAACAUCACAGUUGAUGCGGUCUUUAGGAUACCGAAUCCGCAUUUCGUAACUGGUCUGCCUAUGGAAGCGCCGCAACUGCGUAUGCAAUUUCCGGAGUUUAACUUAAGGCACCUCACGAUGGAUGGUAAAUAUUCAAAGUACGCUCACCACACUUGUAAGCUUCCUAGAUCCGGAGCCUUACUUUUUGCUGUUGUUUCGUUUCUGCUAGGAGUCUUCUUCUGGAACCAAUAUUCACAAUAUUUAUGUGAAAACACCACUAGUAGUUGUACACAACAAUGAAAAUGAAUGACCCUCCUGAGGAGCUCUAAUCGAGGUCCGAGAGGCAGGCUCCUGGGACAAAUGGAAGAGCACCAUAACUGUGAGUUUCCGAACACGAAAUAUGGUGUAUUUCAUCGACGAACGAACCCGCUUCAAAGCGAUUCUGAUAGUGUUGCCGCAGAUGUACGAACACAAUAUCCUGGAACCAUCGGAAUUCAAGAGCUUAAAUCGCAAGUUUCCGACUGCGAUGAAUCAAGACUGGCGACAGUAUAGGGCGAGCAAGCGCUAUGUCGUCAUCCUGAUCGAAGCAGUGGGAAUCGAGGAAUUGCGCUUAGACAUCGACACCUACUCGUGGCAGUUUCCGGUAAAAGUGCCAUCAAAUUCCUGGCCUAUCGACACGACAUUCCAGCUCGCUUUGUGUCGGAAUUACAAUCCGUGCGCGUGGCCCAUGCCUGCGGAGGAUUAUGUUGUGCGAUUUCCGAUUUACGGACCGACGAGGGAAGAAUACCUCCAUCUCAUAGAGAUCGACGACACGGUUUACUACAGAGGGAAUGCGCAGCGUUCGAAGAAACCGAAUUUCCUGGGUAGGCUUCUAGGGACCACUCCUGUUGGCUUCUGGAGUUGUUGUCUUUGGUUAGUACUGUUGGUUUCGACCACAGUUGUCCUCGUGUAGGAACGGGACAGACCAGGUUUCUGCAUAAUAAUACCAGAGGUAGUUAAUAUGUAUGUCUAGUAAAAAGUAAGGAGCAUCUGAGCCAGUGAGUAGUGGUAUCCAAGUUACAGUGUACUCCAAAACGCUAAACAAUGGACAAGUUUUGAGUAUAUGGAGUUUCGACAAUUCCUGAUUGAUUCAUCUUUUUUCUGAUACUAAGAGAGACAGAUAAAAAUUAUCGGUUGGACAAUUCUGGUUGAUGAAUUCUUCGCAGUACGAACGUAGUUUUCUUGAAAUUAAAUCCGAACCCUUCAUCGCAAAUGAUUACUUCAUGGUUAACUUCAAGAGCGAUAUCUGUGCAGAGAUCUCCGAUUCUUAAAAGUAAAAAGCCAGUUAUUCGAGAUUCCGUAAGACGCUGUAGACUUGUCUAUGUGUAUUGCGUCCAUUCUAAAAAGAAUCGACUUGUCUACUGAGAUCUAAUGUAGAAAGAGUCAUUGCUUUCCUGUCUGAGUGAUCCACUCAAAAAACGUCUUUCUAAGUAUGUAUUGAAAGCAUCCUAGAAUUAGAAAUUAGUGAUGUGAAAACAAGACGCAGCAGCUCGGCUGCUGACUGUGGUUAGUAUACGGAUUCUAUCAAGACAAAAUGAGAGCUACGCGCUCGAAUCAACACUUGAAAACGCAUUCUGAUUGUUACCCUCUACUCUCUUUUCCCGGAUUAUUUACAAUGGAGGGAGCCCCUCGUUUCUGUUCGUGAUGUAUGUACUAUGAAAAAUCUGGUAUGGAUUCAGUACACUACUGCAUACGCAAAUACAAUUCUAUUGUGGC